AUGCCCAUCACUAAUGACAGUGAAAUAACAGAAUUCGUUCUCCUGGGGCUCACAGGUCACCCUGAACUCCAGCCUCUCCUCUUUGUGCUGUUCCUGGUGGUGUACCUGGUCACUCUCUUGGGCAACUUGGGCAUGAUAGUGUUGAUCAGACUGGACUCUCGCCUUCACAUGCCCAUGUACUCCUUUCUCACUAACUUAGACUUUGCUGUCUUGUGCUAUACCUCCAAUGCCACCCCACAGAUGCUGACUAAUUUCCUCUCAGAGAAGAAGACCAUCACCUUUGCUGGCUGCUUUACACAGUGUUACAUUUUCAUUGCGUUCCUCCUCACUGAGUUUUACAUGCUGGCGGCCAUGGCCUAUGACCGCUAUGUGGCCAUAUGCAACCCUCUGCGCUACAGUGUGAAAAUGUCCAGGCGGGUGUGCAUCUGCUUGGCCACAUUUCCUUAUGUGUAUGGCUUCUCAGGUGGCCUGUUACAGGCCAUCUUGAUCUUCUGCUUGACCUUCUGUAGAUCCAACAUCAUCAACCACUUCUACUGUGCUGACCCACCACUCAUCAAACUUUUCUGCUCUGACACUUACAUCAAAGAGCACACCAUGCUCAUAUCAGCUGGCUUCAAUCUCUCCAGCUCCCUCACCAUCAUCCUGGUGUCCUAUGCCUUCAUCAUUGCUGCCAUCCUCAGGAUCAAAUCAGCAGAGGGAAGGCACAAAGCAUUCUCCACCUGUGCUUCCCACAUGAUGGCUGUCACCCUAUUUUAUGGGACACUCUUCUGUAUGUAUGUGAGACCACCAACAGACAAGACUGUUGAGGAAUCCAAUAUAAUAGCCAUCUUCUACACCUUUGUAAGUCCAGUGCUUAAUCCAUUGAUCUAUAGUUUGCAGAACAAAGAUGUAAAGCGGGCAUUGAAGAAUGUCCUCAGACAAAAUAUGGUCACUAAGAUGGCAAUGCCUCCACUUUCUAAUAAACCAUAA